CCUGGCUUGGGGGGGGUUAUGAUCCGCUGAUGUAUAUACACAUACAUAUAUAUUAUCGCGUUUUUUUUCUGUGUAUGUUUGCUUUGGGAUUUGGAAAUCAUGCGGAAUCGCGGCCCGUCCUCACCGUGAUACAGUUUCAAUCGUUUAAAAGUUUCGUUUCCACAAAAGAACAAAAUAUAUGUAAAAAUUUAAAUUAGAUAAAAAAAAAAGACUAGAAGAAAAAUGGGUUCCCUCUUCGAGAACUACGAGCAGCAGUACGCAGUGCUCACUGCUGAUAUAACGGCGCAAAUCGGUCUGCUGAGGGCAUCGACUACAAAAGACAGGAGACAGCUGAUCUCCGAUAUAGAGAAGCAUGUGGAGGAAGCACAGGAAUUGUUGGAGCAGAUGGACCUGGAGGUGAGGGAAAUCGAGGCGGCGAAGAAGCAGCGAUGUCGAAACAAAUUGGAAUGCUACAGGACGGAACUCAAGAGACUGACCUUGGAGUACAUCAAGGCGAGAUCCUUCAAGCAGGUCGGAUACGAAUCGGCGGAGGACGUCAACGAUUUUCGCAUCGGAUCCGAUCAGAAGCAACGACUGCUGGAUAACUCGGAGCGAGUGGAGCGGACGGGCAGGAAACUGGACGACGGUUACAGGAUCGUCCUGGAGACGCAGGAGAUUGGGUCGCAGGUGUUGCAGAAUCUGCACGAGCAGCGCGAAACGAUCCAGAGGUCGAGGAACAGGCUAAGGGAGACCGGAGAGGAUUUGGGCCAAUCAUCGAGGCUGAUGAACUCGAUGCUGAUGCGUGCGAUCCAACGAAAGAUCGUCCUGUACACGGUGGGCGUGUGCUUCGUCGUGGCGAUCGUGAUUGGUCUCUACUUGGGUUUCAACAAAUCGAACUAGGCCGGCCACCCAUCAUCCAUCCAUUUGUUUCAACUGGAGAAAAAAAGAAAUGGAUCAAAAAAAGAAGAUUUCAAAAGGAACCGUACAAAUUAGUGAUUAGAUUUUUUUACGUGAUUCGGAAACCGUACUUUUUCGGGAAAAACCAACGCAGCUACGCCGAGUUCUCUCCUUUCUUUCCCUUCACCUCUCACUCGUUUCGGAUAAUUUUUAAUUUAUAUACGCGUAAGGUUAAUUGCUUUUUGCUUCGUUUCGUUACUUGCGACAUGCAUACGUACUACGGCUAGGUUUUAAGUGUAUCACAUUCCGCAGUUGUUCUUUACGUUUUCGUCAUCAUCAACACGAACCGAUGAGGGAGUACUUAAGUCACUUAGUCGAUUCAGUUUUGUUUUCAAUCGGGCAUCGGAUUCGUUUUCUCUCCUCUCUCCUCUCGAAGACUUCGUUCGUUUCUUUAAAUUUCGCAAUAAGUGUACGUCAUAGUCACCACACAUACCGUAGUAUUAUUUAUUUAGAACUGAUUUAUUAUAUUUAUUGAUUAUAUCGUUGUUAUUUUAAUAUUAAGAAAU